AUGGUGUGCAGUAUUUUUUGUAAUACAGGUGUGAAUUUUCUUGUGUGGGACGUCGGCGGACAAGAAAAAUUACGACCAUUGUGGAAAUCUUACACAAGAUGUACUGAUGGAAUCAUUUUCGUCGUUGACUCCUGCGAUACUGAGCGACUCGAAGAAGCAAAAAUGGAGCUUACUAGAACGGCAAGAAGUCCGGAUAAUGCGGGUGUACCAAUCUUAAUUCUCGCCAAUAAACAAGAUUUGCCCAGUGCAAAAGAAGUUAGCGAAUUGGAGAAGCAUUUAGGAGUAUUGGAACUAGCCGGAAUACCAGGUAGCUCUUGUAUUCGCGUACAGCCGGCGUGUGCUAUUACGGGCGAAGGACUUCAUGAAGGCUUGGAUACACUGUAUCAGUUGAUCUUGAAACGACGCAAGUUGGCUAAACUCAAUCGGAAACGAGCCAGGUAGGCCAGGGUUUCGGAAGACUGCACAUGCGUCUUCUGAUGUUGUCGCUCGCGGACAGCCUCCCGUUUGGCAAUGCUAUCUACAACUUCCAUCUGGUCCUCUUUUUUCCAAUUUCAACGAGGACAUAGUAUAUUGACUUCAAAAAAGUGAAUGGUGAUCUCGAAGAGUACGAUCAUCUCUUUCUGACUUUUCCUCUCGGCGAAAUGCUGUUGGAAUUACUGGACUUGUAGUUUAUGUCGAUUUUUAGAUGCGCGUGUGUACGCGUGUACAUGGAAGCAUAUGUCGAUGUAGAACUACAUAUAUGAAUGCAACAAAAGAUAAACAUUGGGAAUUGUAAUGACUACUAUUUCUAUUGUUGCAUAUAAAAUUUUUUUAUUAAAGAUUGAUGUUGAUAUUUGGAAGCAUGAUCGUACGAAUAUUUGGACAGAGUGUAAAGUACCUCUAGGCUGGGAAAGUGAAACCUGAGGGUGAGAAGAAAAAUUCAUUAUCUUUAAUUUAUCAGAAUUAAAUCUAUUUUCAUAUUCCGCGAUAUAUUACGUAAUAAAAA